CGUCGAUUUUCAACAUUUUCUGAAUAUUUUAGGGUAUUGUUGUUGUCGGGACAUUUUUGUUGCAAACCGACGUCUCCUAAACCGAAUUUACAGUUGAACGGCGGCCAUCUUGAUGCCGCUCUGUUGGCAACACUACCUGUUGGUUAUUUUCAAAUUCAGACCGUUGGUUGGCCGGUCGGUGUUGUUCUUGCUUCGUGAAGAAAUAUUUUGGCUGAUAUUUUUAAGAAAGAAGUGCCUGAAAUCUUGUUUUUAUCAUGGACUAUGACUUUGAGGCUCCGACGUAUGUUAAUUUUGCCGAAGCUAUGGAUGAUGAUGAAUCAGACGUCUCAAGAUAUUUUGAUGUUGAACAUGAGGAGUCUUUCACCCGUGCUAAAGGAACUCCCGGAGUCGUUCUUCCUGGAGGGCCACGGGCUGUAUCUGCCAAGAAAACAUCAGCUCCUCACUCCUCUUCUACUCCUCCUGCCAUGAACGAGUCUAGAAGAAAGUCUGCUCGACUCAGCCAAUCUGUACAAACUCCAACCGUAUGUGGCCGUAAAAGUAAGACUCCUGGAAAACGGAGAUCGUCUGGGAGACAAAGGACAUCUACUGUGAAGACUCCUAUUAGGCUUAAAACACCUGUUAGUGUCAAACGCCUAGGCCGUAACAAGCAGUCAACUACCACGCCAGGCAAAGUUGCUGCUGCCCUCACUGCUUUGAAGUUGACACCUGUGCACAAACUUGCAGUGACUCCUGCAAGUGUCAAGCGCUCUCGUAAAGAGAAAGUAAAAAAUCCUGACCCUAUAUCCCCUGCUAAACGAAUGAAACUUACUCCCAAACCUGAGGUUGCUGCCGCAACUAAUUUAGAAGUUUCUCCUCCUGCAAUGAAUAUGGAUGGGCUUCUUGAACAAGCCAUCAAGACUCUACAUGGUUCUACACGCAAAGUAAAGCGUGGCCUUACUGGCCAACUGACAUCUGUUAUUGAUGGCAUUGAAGUACCAUGUCUUCCUGACAAAGAACAUUUAAUGGAGACCAGAGCUGACAAAGCUGCACGUGACCCUCCUAUUCAGCUUAGGUCCAGAUCAGUUGCCAAAGUAGUGUCUGAAAACAGAGAUGAAGUACCCAGGGGAAGGUCUCAGUCCUCAGACAGAGCUGUGGUAAUGUCGCUCAAGAACAAAGUUCGUGCCAGAUCUACAGACCGUCUCUUGAAUCCUCUUCGAGCUAAGCCUUCAGAACCAUUUGUUAGCCUGGCUGAAGCUACAAUUAGAUUUCAAAACAAAACUCCUCUGCGAUUCCGAGUUAAGCGUCAAAAUUCUCCAGCACUUAAGGUCAAGGGACCCAUUCUUUCGCUGAAAGCCACUAUUCCGCAGUCACCUGCUCUUAGAGUCAAACAUCGCAACAGACCUACCACUGCUUUGUCAAGAGAAGAGCAGGAAGCGUUAGAACUUGAAGAAAUACGCAAAAAUAAGAUAAAACCCUUGCCCUUGCCUGAAAGAAUAUUGAAAUCUGGUUCUACUGGACCAAAGAUUGAGAGGAAGCCUCCAACCCUUCCUGAACCUUUCAAUAUAACGGAAAUCAAGAAAAAGGAAGUAAAUACUGCACCUGAACCUGUGAAAUUCACUGCUCGACCUGUUCCUAAAAAGAUUUUAGAAGGACCUGUUGGUAUUGCUGAGAAGAAACAAUACCCUUUGACAGAACCUAAGUCUCCUUCGUUUUGUGCGAAUGCCCUGAAACGUUCUAAAGAAGCAACUCAACGCUCAACACCACUGAAACACAUGAACAAAGUCAUGAUGAAAGUUUUGGAGGAAAAUGGUGGCGUACAAGUUGUCAAAGAAAAGCCAGUUGGUCAUUUUGGUGUUCCUUUCAACGCUCAAACUAUUAAGACAACGACAGCGGUCAAACCAUUCAGCUUUGAUGAAAGAGAAAAAGAAAGAAUUUUAAGACGUGAAGAGAAGCUUAAAGAGUUCCAGAAACAGCUUUUGCAGAAGCCUGCUUUCCAUGCCAAUCCCCUGCCUUCAUUUAAGACACCACCCCGGAUUCAGCGCUCUGCAUCCCCUGCAGUCCGUGGAAGGACACCUACUUUGUCUAAGGUCAACCCUGUGAUUCAAAAGGGAAAUUCCCAAAUUCCCGAACCAAAGCCAGCACUAAUGCCACAGUUCAAGGCUCGUGUUCCUACUGUCCUUCAUAGGAAACCAUUUGAGCCAGUGAAACCCAACCGGCAACUCCCUUUGCCUGAUGUAACUUUAGCAUCAGAGAUUCGUGCCAAGGAUAGGGAGGAGUAUGAUCGCCAACUUCUCCUGAGAGAACAAGAAAUGGAAGCAGCAAGGCAACAGCGGAAGGCAGAGGAAGAUAAAAAAGAAAAGGAAGAAAUAGCUCUUCUGAGGAAACAAGUUGUUCACAAACCUAAUCCUAUUCCAAAGUAUAAAUACUUUGAACCUCAGCCAAGCAACAAGCCACUGACUGACCCAAACACUCCAUUUUGCUUGAAACGCUCCCGAAAACUCAGUGCAGCCUGAGUUAAUGAUCAGUUUGCUUCUUAUUCAGUCUGAUUCUGCCAUUGAGAAGGUAUUACACAUUUUUGUGUAGUAGUUUUUACUUUUAUCAUUAGUAGUACCAGACUUACAUUUUUUAUCAUUGUCCAUUAAUGCAAAGUGCCUUAGUUGUGUUGUGUAUAUGUUUUUUAUAGUAAUAUUUUUGUACCCUGUGGCUGUAAAUAUCUUAUUGUGAUUGUCUUGAAAAUUCUCUUUGAUACCACUUUGGUAUUUCCUUAUGUUUGUAGUUCUAACAAUUUAAUUUUACAUAAUCGACCAAGAAAAGUAUGGAUGUAUGUAUGUUGUAAUUUACCAGCUAUAAAGCAAACUGGCUUGGCUGUAAAGCAGUUUCGAAAUAAAGAGAGCAAUAUAACUCAAGAA